AGAAUGCGGUCUUUAUGAAUCUUAUGUCGGUUAUUGUACUGAAGUAUCUGAUGUUUAAUCAUUUGUACGAUAACUUAAUCGUGUAAUGAGAUUUUUAAGUCAAGGGAAGAAGAUCCAACUGACUCUCGAUUGCGGACAGAAGGAAAUCGGCAGCACGAGAUGCCAUCAAUGCCAUAUGGUAUACACAGUUGGUGAUAAAGAGGACAUCAAAGCUCAUAAAGAGUAUCACCAAAUAAAAUUAUUUCCAACCGUCCGGCUACCAAGAGGACGCCAUGAAAAUAUCAUCACGGAAAAUUUCGAUGGUUCUCGAGUGACAGAACUACUCACUACUCUUCGACUUGGAAAAUCAUUUUACGAACGAAUAUCAACACUGAUGAGCCUUGACCUUGGUUACGAUGUACCAUCAGAAAACAGUAACGUCUAUCAUGUUAAGUUGUCUAAUACCUUACAUCCCGACUGGCGUGUUUUCGUCUACGUAAAGGAUCGAACACAAUUAGUCGUGGGAUGUUGCAUUGUUGAGGAACUAACUGCAAAGAAGAUAUCAGAAAAGGGUUACAAACUGAACAGGCUUAUUGGUGGACGGAAAAGUCUCUUAUCUUGGAGUAUUCAGAGUGUCGACCGAAAUGACGAUCAAUGUGAUUUAAUUUCUUCGAAUCCCGGCCUCUCUUGUGUAAACAUUGACGGACCGAUUUGUGGUAUUCGGCGGAUAUGGGUAGAACGUAAAUAUCGUCGGAAGGGAAUAGCCACAAGUUUAUUAGAUGCUGUGCUACAAAACUUAAUAUAUGGUUUACCACUCUCUCGUACACAAGCAGCUUUUUCCGAACCAACUGCAAAUGGCGCAGAUUUUGCUGUAUCUUACAUAGGCCGAGAAGACUUCUUAAUAUACUGAUUUUAUAUUUUUAUAAUGAAAACUAAGCGCUUGCAGUUAUUUAUUCUAAAUUUAUAGAGCAAAUUAUAUAUUCACUGUAUUCA